UGUCGCUUCAAUGCCGCUGUGCAGCUUUAUUUAAAGGUUUUUAUAUUUUGUCGUUGUAAAUUUAUGUUUCUUCAGACAGAGAUUAGUUAGAUUGAAUUAAUCGUAGACGAACUUGAAAUAUAUCUAGGUGUAACUCGACAUGGGAUCCAGAGUGCAAGAACAUGAAAGAAGUGUCGAUGAAAAGUUAUCAAUGUACAAAGGUUCCAAUCGAGAUAACUCACAGGAAAAUAUCGAAAACGUCGAAAAUAUUGCAAAAAUUGUUGAACGGGUCGUCAAAAAACGCUCAGAAAAUAAAUACAAAGAUGUACGUGGUGGAAAAUAUUCGGGUUUGAAAAUUGCUGUCGUUGUUCUGUCUAUCGUGACUGCGAUGGUGAUGUACCAUAGUAUGAAAAUCGCAAAUGAUUUUGACAGAAAAUUUGAAGAACUCCAGAAAGAAUUUAUUUCAACGAGAAAAAAAUCUGAAGCUGACUUGAUUAAUGUUAUCGCGUCGUUGUCUGGAUGGUACAGAGCCAGUAAUAAUCUUUUCUAUAAAUGGUUUUCUGAGGAAGUCCAUUACCAAACGGCGAGAAACCGCUGUGAACAAUUGGGUGCUCGGUUAAUUUCCACUGGAAUUAGAGAUUCCAAAGUCCGGAGUGAAAUUCAUUCAAAGAUUUGUAUUCCUGACACUAGGAUGUGGAUAGGGCUCGAUCACAUUGAACGCGAAAAUUGGGUUUGGUCAGAUGGGACAAUCGUCAACGAUAUACGACGAAGUGUACCCUGGAGAAACGGUGAACCGAAUAACGAGGGAAGAUUUGAGUUCUGUGGUGAAUAUUUGUGUGGAAAAUUGUAUAACGGAGUAAACGAUCAAUGGUGCUUUUCAGAAUUCGCUUAUGUUUGUGAAAAAGCAUUCUAUCAUGAAUUGUGAUGAUAAGGAUUGUUAAAAAAAGGAUGAAAAUAUUAAAAAUGUUGCUUCUACGUGUUCCUGUGGUCGUAUUGUUACAUUCAUGAUAUACCGAAACCUUCAAAACUUUAUUUUGUAUAAUCGUUUCCUGGUUUGAUGAAAGCAAUUCUCUUUUUUGUUUGCUUUAUUCGGCGUGCUGUGUUGCCAGAUGUCUAUAUAUAGCUAUGCUGUGCAGUCGAGGUUCCGUGGAUCUCCAGGGUUCCUCAAACAAUUAUAUAUUCGAGCUAGGUGAGAGUUUCUCAUUGAGUGGAUGUGAUUCCUAAUGCAGCAUUUCAAGUUAAUUCUGCACAUUUUUAAUUUUGGUCAUCAUUUAAUAACAUUUUUGUUUUUGACACACUAUAAGUAAACAAAUAUCACUAAAGAAGCUAGAACAUUUAUAUUUUUAUAUAUAUAUCCUGGGGAUAGGAAAAUGGUUUGAAUCAUCUAGCAAACGAUGAUCCAUAUUUCUUUCUUGUUGACAAUUUGGUAGUGGAUAUUUUACCUUAUGCAACUCGAUUUGGGUUUUUGUUCAUGAAAGGGGCCAGAAUAUAUUUGUACACGUCUGAUGCUUAAAGUUAUAUAUAUAUUAUCUAUAACGCAUCCUUGUUAAGCUAAUUCUCCACUUUUGUGCUUCAUUUGAAACCUUGUAAGCUAUUUAGUUUUGUUUUCUCUGAAUUCUUAAAUUAGAAUUAUUAUCUCGUGAUUUAAUAAAUAUUUCAUAGUUUGGUCGUGCUGUGUCGUAAAUUCGAAGUAUACGUGCAUGUACUUAUUUUCUUCUCAAAUAAACUUUGAAUCAAUAUAAAA